AUGCGCAGACGCGAUCGGUCUUUGAGAGCAGAUGAUACAGCGCGCAGGCACGGGAAGUACUCCGUUACAUUGGGAGCUUCCGCAGGCCAAGACGGAAGUGGGCCUGAAGUAGAAGGUUCCCGCGAGAGACGUAGCGAAGCGAAACGGCGCGCGCAGGCGCAUCGCGAGCCCCCGCGGGGCAGGAGCCGUGAGGCCGGUGGCGCCGUCAUGUUGGGGCCACAUGCGUCCCGCGUUCGGGCCCUGUACCGGCGGCUCCUGCUGCUGCACCGCGCGCUGCCGCCCGACCUGCGCGCCCUCGGCGACCAGUACGUGAAGGACGAGUUCCGGCGGCACAAAGGCGUUGGCCGCGAGGAGGCGCUGCGCUUUCUGAGAGAGUGGGAGAGGUACGCAGUGGCGCUAUCGCAGCAGACGAAUUCGGCAGAGAAGACAGAGAAGACGCAGCUGGGAGCGUGCCUCACAAAAGAGCAGCUGGAUGACUUCAGUGAGGAGCAGAUCGGCCAGCUGCAAGAGCUCAUGCAGGAAGCCACCAAACCCAACCGGCAGUUCAGUAUCGAGGACCCAGCCACACCCAAGGCCUAGACUGCCCCACUGCUGCUGGAGGGGCGCCCUGGGACCCAGUGUGGGGCAGAGGACUGACAUGGCAAACUCUGUGCAUGAGGAAUGUUAAGAGCGGUUGUAGGGUGCCAUUUGCUGGGGCUCUCAUGAACGACACUGAUGAGGACCAGCCAGAGCCAUCUCCCCUGACGUGGGUGCUGGCAAGGGCCUGCACUUGGUUGUUUGGAAAAAUUUUGCCCUAAAAAUAUUGGUCUUUCCCUCCAGACCUCCCUUCGUCCAAAGCAGCCGCCCAGUGGCUUGUCUGAAGCCUUUAGAAGAUGGGACGGGUUCAUCAGCAUCCCCUUCUGAUGAUGCGCGUUCGAGCUGUAACCUGAUACUCUGGUAAAGUUCUGGAGGGUUUGCCAUUGUCACCCCCAAAUACAGUGUUAUCUGUGGUCACCCAAGCAGUGUGAGCUCUUAUCUUUUAUCUCUUCUCUCUGAGUCCUUGUUUCUGUAUAGUUGAAGCGACCAGAGGCUUAAAGGGUCAGAAAUCCUCCUGUUACUGAUUCUCUGCUGGGCAAAACACAAAAGAUCUCACCAAAGUGACUGUCAGUUAAACAUUUGUACACCCACAGAGAUCUCACUUACCCAGGCUUUGGGGAGAGCAGAACCUGCUGCUGAUGGCUCUCGCAUUUAGGCUUUCAACUUGUGUGAAAACAGUUUAUUUAAAAUAAUGGUUUGUAAGCCCUGAGGAACA